AUGACAGAUUACCUGAGCUAUUAUCAGAAUCAUUUGCCACCUUAUCGUUCUUUGUUAUCCCCGAAUACGCAGUAUGAUUAUGUUACUCAUCAAUUGAUUCACAGUCAGGAGAAUGAUCCUCCCUUGUCUUUCCCUAGUGGCUAUUAUCCUCUCUCCUUGGUCAAGGAAAACACCAAGAAAAGGUUCCAGAUGAAGUACAAGUCGCUGUUGCAGCCAAUCAACACAAAGAGGAAGAAAUUGAUGAGUUCUACUUCGGAUUCAUUUUCUAUCCACUCUAUCCGUUCUACCAUGAACACUAUAUCAAACGUACGAGCCCCUCCAAAGUCACUGGAAUCGUUACCGACAGAAGUAUUAUCCAUUGUUAUGUCCUACGUCGAUGACAGAAUUACUUUGAUUCAUUGCUUGUACGUUUCUAAGAAAUUGAAGGCCGCUGUUACCCCAGUAUUAUACAGAGACCCUUACAUUACUUCCACCUACAGGCUUGCUCAAUUUGUAUAUACUUUGUUAAACCAUCAGGAAUUGGCACUCCACUUGAAGAGCUUAGAUCUGUCGAAAGUAAGGCCAGGGGUUGAUUUAUCGGAUGAAGGCUACUAUAUCAAAGACUUAGCACUAAGGAAUCAGCAUUUGGAACCGUUAGCCGGAUGGAGGGACUGGAAAUUUCGUGAUCAUCCGGUCUAUGGUGCCCGGUUCACUACCUCUUCAAAUCGAUCCACAAACGAACGUCGCUUAUCUCACACUUCUCUGUAUGAACAGAAGGCAACACCUUUUACCAAUGACUUGGGGAGAUCUUAUACUAACUGCUCGGCGAAGGAAAGCGAUAGGCUAUUCAAUAAGUUGAAAUCGCAAUUCCGCAAACUAUCUCAGAACCAUGAGAAGGAUCCCGGCAAAGUGAACUAUGUAAAGAAGCUACCAGAAAAACACACAGACAACAGAAAGCCUUUUUCGACACCUCACCCUUUGGAGAAUAGUUUCUUUAGUAACUACUGGUGCUCCAAGGAUAUUCCUAUUGGCUAUAUCAUCCAUCUCUUACAAUUGUGUCCCAACCUCAAGUUUGUUGACUUCAGUGGCAUAUCUUUGAGUCAUGAUUACCAAGUCCUAUCGUUUAGCACUUUUGAUUGGCAAACCGGACGGGGCUCUAAUAGGAUACCUGUGCAUUCGACUAUGUUACUGGACCACCCUAAGCAACAAGUGGUAGAUGGGAAGCCUAUAUUUUUGUCCGAUACUGUGUAUUCAAUGUUUGAUUCGACGCUGCAUGUUUGGGAAAAGGUCACAGAGAAGGAUAUAAUCGCAAAUUUACUAGCCCUCCAGAAGUUAGAGGUACUCAGACUGAGACGAGUCAUGUGGUUGGAGAGUGAUUUCCCAGCAUACUUCCUGGAAAACUGUGCAGCUAAACAAUUUUUAAGCAGACUAGACAUCGAAGACAGUGGAAUGGCUAAGGGACUCCCUUGGGCAAGGAACUUCAAUGUAGACGAAUGGAGGGGGUUUUUUCAGGUAAAAGUUUCGCAGGAGGAAGAAGAACGGACCAGGGCUAGGGUUUUAGAGCAAUUAGGAGAAAACUAUUAA